UAUAGCUUGUGUGUAUCAUUAUAAAUUCCAUGUUUUAUGCAAAAGUAAUUACUCAUUUCGGUUACCAAACAAACAAGGCAACACCCGUGUAACGCUUGUACUGUCUCAUAUCUCUCUUCUUCUGUUUCAAUCUUUCCAUAUAACACGUAAAAAUAGAUACACACGACGAAUUGAUCAGAUUCAAUCUAAGAAUCAAAUUUCAUCUCUUUCUUGUUAAUACAUUACAUUGCUUCUAUAAAAUUAAAUGGACAAGAAAAUUCUUGAUCUCAUAUUAGUCCCUAGUGGCCUCUUUGUAAUGGUUGCAUACCAUUUAUGGCUUCUCUACCAAGUUGUUAAACACCCCACAAAAACUGUCAUUGGUGUCAAUUCAAUCAAUCGUCGUUAUUGGGUUCAAGCUAUGAUGGAGGAUGUGUCCAAGAAUGGUGUUUUGGCAGUGCAAUCUUUGAGGAACAAUAUAAUGGCAUCAACCCUUUUGGCAUCAACAGCAAUAAUGCUAAGUUCUCUAAUUGCUGUGUUAAUGAGUAGUAGAAAUGAGGGAAGAAGUGUUGUAUCGUUAGUGUUUGGUGAUAGAACUGAGCUAGUUUUAUCAAUCAAAUUUUUCUCCAUAUUGGUUUGUUUCAUGUUAGCUUUCUUGUUGAAUGUUCAAUCUAUAAGGUACUAUAGUCAUGCAAGCAUACUCAUCAAUGUUCCUUUCAAGAAACUAUCAUCAAACCUUAGACAACAGAAGCUGACAGCUGAGUAUGUUGCCAAUACAGUUAACCGUGGAAGCUAUUUCUGGUCACUUGGUUUGCGUGCAUUUUACUUUUCCUUCCCUCUUUUCAUGUGGAUCUUUGGACCUAUUCCUAUGUUGUUUUCUUGUUUUGCACUUGUUUCAAUGCUCUAUUUCUUGGAUGUUGUUAUUGAAUGUGGAUGGGCUGCUAUUGGAGUUGAUGAUGCUGACUGUGUUGGAGAUGAAGUGCACAAGCAACAUCAUGUUGACAUGGAAAUGCAAGAGCCAAUUAGAAAUUAAGUAGAUUGUUAAUUAGUGUUAUGACUGCAAAACCGUAUAUCAAAAUCCAGAGCGAUGCAAAUAUGUCUGAAUUUUGAUAUAAUGGUUUUGCAGUUGUAAUACUUGAAAUAUUUCUGAUAUAACAAUUGUGCAGCCGUAGUAUCUGUGUAGCCGCCGCAGAGGAUCUAAUUUUUUCUAAUAGUGGGUUAACUUUUGGCAUUGUGGGUUGUAGGCUAGGUAGAAAAGCAUGUGUGGUAUAAAAUACUAAUAGAAAUCUACAUUCAAGUUCAACUCAAGUUGAACUGAAUUGUAUGUGAACUUAAUUUGAGACAUUUUGGAUGGUUAAAAGUGAUGGAAUUGGUGUAUUUUGGUUUGUAACUUUAUUUUCGUUGAUAUUGUAUCAAUAUCACAUAAUUUGUACUAAAGUUAAACUCUCAGACUCAAUAUAGGAAGACAAUGAAUAGAGAGAGAUUUGUUUCUUUUCAA